CGGCGCCACUCACGUCGUUGUGACUCAGAUCCGCUUUCAUGCGAGAGGAGCGCAACGGGGCGGUGACUGUAUUUCAAGGCUUCGCAGCUGUACGCAAGUUCCCUGCUCUGCCUUUGCGCACACAGUGGACCUGUUUCUGUGAAAAGCGGGAUUACGUGUUUCAGAAAGUCUGUGGCUCACGAGGUGCUCAGCGACCCUCGCAGACACUGACGCAGAAUGGAGGUGAAGUUGAAGGAUUUCGAGAAUCUGCCGGAAGGAUUCGCGGUCAAAUUUCCACAUCCAUUAGAAGCUGGCCUAUUUUGUGACCUAUGUAAGAAUAUCGUGCCCACCUUGUGGCUGGAUCCGGAAGGCCAUUGGUUUUGUGAAGACUGCGUAAACAUGGCAACGACCGACGGCAUCUUCGAAUGUCCAAGCGACGAAAGAGCCUUUUCAUCUAGUCAGCUACGGAAAGACUCCACAGUAGUGGCAAAGCUGAAAAACCAACUCGUCAUCUGCCCUAACAGCAGUGUGGAUGUUCCCGUCAAGAUACGGUUUUCGGCCUUAAAGGCACACUUGAGUGGCUGUUCCUGCAAAAUGACGAAAUGCCCCUUGUGCGGAGUGUCCUUCGACACCCGCAGUAUCACGGAGCACAUCGUCUCAGAAUGUUCUGAAGGGUCAACAUCCUGCCCAUCAUGCGGAGAAGACGUGCUGCGGAAAGAUCUCGUGAAUCACCAAUUAACGAGACACAGCGUGGACACUUCGCCAAAGGUCCCGGUCCCUUCUUUCGAUAACCCUGCAAAGCCAUCGACUCCUUCGCCGGUUAGCCUGCCUGAGAGAAGUCCUGCGCAGUUUGGUUCUGCAUCUCGUCAAACAGCGGCAGCUCCCACGCAAUUGAAAGAAGAACCGAAGUGCAAGUGCCCAUACUGCAAAAACUAUUUCCCUAAGAGAUCGAUACAGGGACAUAUCAGCCGAAGAGAGUGCAGUAACGAGACCACACGCGGGGAUGCAUUGCAUAGCGUUAUACCGCAGGCACCUGUAACUACUGUUGAGUCAGCUUCACCUGCCAGGGCAGCUAUUCCAGAGACAGAGCCUUUCGACGGACGUAACUUCAGGACGUCGCCUGGAAUCCCUAACCAGAACCAUCCCGAAAAAGAGAUGCGGCUGGCGAAAGCUGAGAUGGCUGUCGAGGAUAUAAAAAGACAACAAGGCACCCUGAAGCAGGAACUUCAUCACAUGUUCGCAGAGCACACGCAAAAUCUAAAGAACGACAAAGACGAGAUAACGAAAAAUAUAACUAACCUGAUCUUGGAGUUCACAGAGGAACAACAACGCAUACAGCGCCAGAGUGGAGAACAGAUGAGGAUGCUGCAGGAAAAGAACGACCUGCUGCAAACGACUGUCGAAGCUCUCAGCAACGACUUGGAUUUGUUACGAGAAGAAGUGAAAGCCUUACGUAUAAUGCAGAGCAACAUGCAGCAUGGACUGAAGAAGUGAAAUGGCAGUACUGUGUAUUUGUGUAUAAAUAACGGACAUAUAAUAAAGAGGGCAUUAUUAGCAAACGAA